GAGAUAUGUGCAAAUAUGUAAUUUGGUAAUGUGCAAUGGAAACUGUCGCAUAUUUAUCCAAUUUUUAAGUGUAAAUACUCGACCGAGUAUACUCGCACAUGCGUAGAUAGCGCAUUUUGUCCAGACUCCAGCUGAUGACUCGUCGCUUAAAUUAUUAUGUAUUUAUGUAUUUAUAUAUUUUAUGUGCGUCAAAUUGUUAACAGUUAAUACGGGCAAGAUGGGCAUCAUUAAUUUGUUUACGCUAUAGACGUAUAUCAUAAAUAUCUUCAUAUUAUAUCUGAUGUCUAUAGUUUACACGGACAAGUCACAAGAUGACUUCAUUCGCCAUUCUCAUACACUUGUGUGUAUCAAUCUUUUAAAUCUAUAGCCAAAUAAACAUUGAAUAUUGUGUUAACUUGAAGAAUAUAAGGACGGAAAACUGAAAAUGGAACGUGAUCCUAAUAAAAGAAGAGUCAAACCUCCUGCUAACCCAGAAUUGGUACAUUUGGAUGAUAUAGAUGGUGAAAGUUCAUCUGAUAGUGAUUUCCGUAUUGAAGACCACUAUGUUAAUAGUGAAUCAGAUUCCGAUAGAGCUUCAAAUUUCACUUUUACUGAUGAUGAUGGUAAUCAAGAAGAAGCUGAAAAAGAUGAUGAAGAUGAUAUUAGAUGUAAUGAUAGUAAUAUGACUACUGAUGUCACAGAUAUCGUGACAUCCAAUCAAGAUAAUUCUAGAAAAGUGAAUUUAAGAGAAAUAGUGAAUAAUAUUCAUAUUUGUAGUAUUUGCCUAGGCGAUGCCAGUGAUGACGUCAAUGAAUUAAUAGAUUGUGAUGAAUGCGGUAUAUCAGUUCAUGAAGGUUGUUAUGGGGUUCAUGAUUCCGGAAGCAUAAGUUCAUCUGUUUCAUCCUGUUCUAUGGAACCAUGGUUUUGUGAAGCUUGUAAAGCAGGCAUAGAAAAUCCUACUUGUGAAUUAUGUCCUAAUUUUGGCGGAAUAUUUAAGGAGACAGAUUGUGGAAAAUGGGUACAUUUAGUAUGUGCGUUAUAUGUCCCUGGUAUAACUUUUGGCGAAGUAACAAGUCUCAGUAAAGUUAUGUUAUUUGCAAAUACUACACCUCGAUGGGGUAAUAAAAGAUGUACUUUGUGUAAAGAUAUGAGAUUUAGUUGCACUGGUGUGACUAUUGCAUGUGAUGCUGGGAUGUGCCGAUCUAAUUUUCAUGUUACUUGUGCUCAACAAGAAGGUAGUUUAUCAGAGGCAACAAGUCCGGAAACUGACCAAACUGAUCCAUUUUAUGCUCAUUGCAAGUUACAUGUUGACAAACUGGUAGCAAAGAAAAGAAAAAGAAAUUGGGAAAUACUACAAUUACGAACAAAACAAAUGAAAUUAUUGCGUGAACAACAGUCUUCUGAAAAAUCAGCUACAUGGCAACGUAAUCAGCGAAGGCUUGAAAAAUUACGAUCUAAGUAUUACGAAAUGAAAAAAAUCAGUAUAACUGAGUUAACUUUUAAAUCAAAAGUGCCUCGUCCAAUUACAACAUCAGCUUCAGCAUGUCGAGCCCUUUGGCUAAAAGGUGGUUUAAUGGGUGUAAAUAUGGCUUCCUGCGAGGCUAUUGAAGCACAAAUAAAGGCAUUACGUGAUGUACCAAAAAAAUGGAAUGUACCUACUACAUUUAGUUUGGAAUUUGUAAGUUAUUUCAUGGAUAGAAAUUUAAGAUUGACUGAUUUGAAAAAUCAGCUACAACAUUUUACUGACCAAAACAACAAACUUCAUGAUGAACUAAUAGUUGUACAAAAAACAUAUGAUCAAGAGUCCAAAAACAAUGAAAUUCAAAAACAAAAACAUUUAGGACUCAAAAAUAUUAUUACAGCAUACCAUAAUGUCAUUAAACUUUGUAAUCCUAAUGCUAAUAUUUUAGAUGUAGAUAUACUUACUAAAGAAGUUCCAAACGAUCAUAAUUCCUUUAUAAUUAACAGUUCAACUCCUCCUGCAGUCUUAAAAUCAGGUAUUGGAAUCUCUAUCAGAAAUAAUGAUGAUUUAGAAAUUCCAGAUAAUGUGGCACCAUUAGGUUUGUACAACAAAUGUGGUAUUUGCGGUCGUACAAAUGAUCAACAUUUGCUGGCGAAAUGUGACACAUGCUAUUUAUACUAUCAUUUGGGUUGUUUAAAUCCACCCUUGACUAGAAUGCCCAAGAAAACAAAAUUAUUUGGAUGGCAAUGCAGUGAGUGUGAUAAUAGUAAUUCUAACUCUGAACCAGAAACGGUUGAUCCAAAUGCUCCUAGAAAAUUAAGAUAUGGUGGAAGAGAGCGAUCUGUAUCAGACAGUCAUAGAUCUUCAUCUAUUGCUAAUGAUUUACAGGAUAUCAAUAGUCUUACAGAACAGCAUAAAAUGCCUGGAGUAUCAAAGAAAAAAAAACAUGAACGGCAUAGGGAAAGAUAUUCUCCAGAGAUAAUAACAAAACGAGUUAAGUCUCGCAAACGCAAACACAAGCAUCAUAGGGAUAAUAAUAUUUCAGGAUUUGAACCAGCUAAUGAUUAUUCAGUUAAUGAAGCACCCCGACAAGGAAUUAAGCUAUUUAUUAAAUCUGUACCAAGUGCUAGUGGAGUUAAGACAACAUCUUCACAAUUACUUAUUGCAUCACCAGUAGACGAAACACCUCAGAUAUCUACAAAACUCAAAUCAGAAAAGAGUGUUGCACCACUCAGAAUAACCACAACAUUAACAGAUAUUAAAUUGACUCCUAAAUGUAACACUUGUCAAACAACUGGAACAAGCAUUACAAUGGUUCAGUGUGAUGAAUGCAGUAAAAAUUUUCAUUUUUGUUGUCUUGAUCCUCCAGUAAAAAAAUCACCAAAAGUACGUGGGUACUCAUGGCACUGUGCUGAAUGUGAUCCAACGUGGUGGCGUGUAAUAGUUAGACAUGGUAAUGCAAUCAAAUUUAAGUAUAUUGUUCCAUCAUUGCAACAAAGAGUAAAUAUGUAUGUAUAAUUUUUGUUUUAUGUAUAUAUGGUGUAGUAUUUAUGUUAUUUUUUUAAUAGUUAAGUUUUUAAUAGCAUUAAAUUACAGCUGAUGCGUUGUUGGUAGCUUAAAUGUGUGAAUUGUGAGAUAUAAACUGUGACAAAAUCCGACUGUCUUAGCCUUUCCACCGUCUCCUUUUUGCCAAGUUUUAUACAUGAAAAUAAAACAUGGUUUUCUAUGUAUGCCAUCAUACAGACAUACACUAUAGGACACGCACUCCAAUGCUGUUCUGAUUUCUAUAAACAAAUUGGAUUACCCAAUUACUGAAUGAAAACUAUUAUGCAAAUUUUCUCAGAUAACAAUAAGAUUUCCUUAACAUAGUUAAAAUUAUACUAAACAUUUAUAUUAGUAUAUAAUUUUAUAAACUUUUCUUUUUUCAUAUUAUUCUAAAGAGUGUGAUCCCAUUAUCGCUCAUAGACACGAGCCGCCACUGAUUUAAUUACUUAUAUAAUUUUAAAGAAUGGAAAUACUAAAUCAUUAAUUCAGUUAUAUAUUAACUAUAAAUAUAAUACAAAUAAUUUACAUACUAGUUAUUCUUAUGUAUGUAGGGUAUGGUACCAUAUUAGUGGGAGUGUUAUUUAUAAUAGUCCGGCUCACGAAAAAUGAACGAUAGAGGUCGAUGAAUGAAGUUCAAGUAUUGUCAGAACCACCAGGGGUUCUCAGAUUUAUAGUAUUCUUUGUUUGUGCAUUUGCUAGCUGCAGAUAGGUUACAAUUUUAAAAAUUGUACCUGUAUGUUUAAUAGUCACUUAUUAAAAAACGGCCACUGGGAACUUUGAAAUCAACGUUCACUUUUCGUUAGCCCGACUAUAACUAUUGCAUCAAAUUUGUGUAAAUAUCACAUUUUGCUUAGUUUAUGUUACUAAAUUAUUUAUAGACAACAUGAAUUGUUAUAUACGUGAAAUAUGGUACAAUUAAACUUUUAAUAAUAAAUUUGGGUCUAAAU